GUUGGAGCACGCACACUCACUCACACACACUGCUGAUACUCCCCCCCGGAUGAAGACCGGAGCCGCCGGGAUCUGUGAGAAACCGAUGCCUGGUGGCAGUUUGGCCCCGCAGCAUCUAGGAUAGGUGGAAGGACCUGUUUGCUGCCCGGCUCUCCGUCAGCCCCGGGGAUCCCGCGCUUCUUCGUGUCCUCCUCUGAUCCGUUGGAAUUUGAGCGCAGGCGGUGACCUGCAGCGGGGAAACGGAGACAUGACCUCAGCCUCUGACAGCGGCUGCCGGUCGUCUGCCACUCAUUGAGCACAGAGGGAAGAAGAGGUGGGUCCGGCCGGAGUUUCAGGUGAGAGCCGGAGGGGCAGCCCCAGAGCAAGCCGGUGACGUGAAACAGGCAUGAGCGCAGACCCCCAUCAGGGGGUGGUGACCACCCCGCCCCCGCCCGGCGGAGGGACCAAGGUGGGCUACUUCGACCGGGUUGACGUCACCGAUCCGGACUACAUCCGAUCCAGAAACAUGUCUCCAGAUCUGCGGCAGGAUUUUAAUGUUCUGGAGCAGAAGAAACGCGUCACGCAGAUCCUCCAGAGCCCCGCCUUCAAGGAGGAGUUGGAGAGUCUGAUCCAGGAGCAGCAGUGCAAAGGCAACAACCCCACCGGACUGCUGGCCCUCAGACAGAUCGCAGACUUCUUCAUGGCCAGCACCGUGGCUGGCUUCAACACUUCCCCUCUCAGUCUGGGCUCGGUCUCUCCCAUCAAUGACCUGUACGGCGUGGAAUCCUCCUCCCUGGUGAAAGGCGAGAAGCUGACGCGCUGUAAACUGGCCAGCCUCUACAGGCUGGUGGAUCUGUUCGGCUGGGCGCACUUCGCCAACUCCUACAUCACAGGCCGUGUGAGUAAAGAGCAGGACCACAUCCUCAUCAUCCCCAGAGGUCUGUCGUUCGCUGAGGCGUCGGCGUCAAACCUGGUCAAGGUGAACAUCAUCGGUGAUGUGAUUGAUCAGGGGUCCACCAGCCUGAGCAUCAACUCCUCAGGUUUCAGCCCCCAUGCUGCCAUCUACUCCAUGCGUCCGGACAUCCGCUGCAUCAUCCACGUGCACACUCCUGCAGCGGCGGCGGUGUCAUCCAUGAAGUGUGGCAUCCUGCCCAUCUCCCAGGAGGCAUUGAUCUUGGGUGACAUCGCCUAUUACACCUACCACGGCAGCCUGGACGACCAGGAGGAGCGCCGGGAGCUGCAGAAGGCCCUGGGGCCCACAGCAAAGGUUCUGGUGUUGAGGAACCACGGCGUGGUCGCUCUGGGGGAGACCAUGGAGGAGGCCUUUCAUUACAUCUACAACGCCCAGUACGCCUGUGAGAUCCAGGUGAAUGCCAUCUCGUGUGCUGGAGGGGUGGAGAACCUCAUAGUGCUGGACCAGGAGAAGUACAGAUCGCGGGUGUUCGCCGUGGCCUCGGCGGCGGCGAUCAACAUGGCCGGUCAGUACAGAUGGAAGAUCGGCGAGCUGGAGUUCGAGUCCCUGAUGAGAAUGUUGGAUAAUCUGGGGUACCGGACCGGCUACACCUACAGACACCCCAUCGUACGGGACAAGCCGCGGCACAAGAGCGAAGUGGAGAUCCCCGCCACCGUCACGGCGUUCACAUUCGAAGAGGACGACGACGCCUCUCGACUGCCCUUCAAGUUCCUGCAGCAGCGGCAGCAGAGAGAGAAGACGCGCUGGCUCAACUCGCCCAACAGCUACGCCAAGGUCAGCGUGGAGGGCGGAGACGAGCGCCACCACAGCCGAACCACCACGUGGAUGAAGGUGGAUGAAAGCGGAACUCCAAUCCGGAUUGAAGACCCCAACCAGUUUGUGCCGCUCAACACAAACCCUAAUGAGGUUCUGGAGAAGAGGAACAAAAUCCGGGAGCAGAACCGGUUUGAUGUCAUGACGUCUGGGCCGCGCUCCCAGCACCUGGCGGGCAUCCCUGUUGAUGAACCGCGGCGGGAAGACGGGCUUGUAGAAGUUCUGCCAUACGUGCCCACAGAGGAGGAGCAGAUGGCUCCUCUGCCCCCCAACCCCUUCAGCGAGCUGUCGGAGAGGGAGCUGGAGGACUACCGCAAGAACGUGGAGCGAAGGACGCUGGGCCUCCCCGAUGGCGAGCACGAGCUAACCUCUGACGACGGCUCCACGCUUUCUCGGUCUCUGUCUGUCAGCCAGUCUCCACAGAGCACGCCAGCUAAAGAAGAGAUCCACCCGGGCCUGACGAACGGCAAAGACAACCACGAGGAGGAGGAGCUGUCCAAGCGCGUCAGCGCGCUGACCACCAGCGUGGAGAGCGUGGAGAUCACGGUGCGCGCCGGCGAGAAGAUCGAGGAGGCGCUGUCCCCGGAGAGCUCCCCCUCCAAGUCCCCCAACACCAAGAAGAAGAAGAAGUUCCGCACCCCCUCCUUCCUGAAGAAAAACAAAAAGAAGGAGAAGACGGAGGCCUAAAGCAGAGGAUCAGCAUGGGGGGGUGCACGGGAAAAGGAGAGCCCCCCCCUCUCUGUCUUUGAUGUUUGUCCUUUGAAGAUGUCUUUUUAUGUUCAUAAUUUUAUUUGAUUUUUUAACCAGAUGUUUUAUGUGCAGCAGAUGCCGUUAGUUUGGAGUUAGAAACUGGAAAAGUCUCAGAGUGACGGUUGGGAUAUGAUGGGGGGGCGUCGGCUCAGGACAAACGGCGAGGAUGAUGUCACGGCGCCCGGGGGGGCCACAGGGAUCCAGAAAAACGUCUUUCUGCUCCUCUCAGUUUUCUGGAAUGGUUGGAUUGCAGCAUGUGGAGUUUUCUAUUGUAAUCUUGCUGCCUGGAAGCCAGCCGACAUUUUUCACUGGAAGCUGGUGGCUGAAGGUUUGUGUCCACCUCCAGCCUCCUGACGGGGGCUUCAGAGACGCCUGUUGGUUCCAAUGGGGGGGGGGGGCAGCAAAACCCAUAUUUAUGUAGCAAUCUCACACCUUCUACUCGUCAUCAGGGUGUGUUUUUGCCGAAUGUGGGGUUCAUUUUAGUCCAGCAUUGCUGUUUGUCUCUUGUUUGUCAUGAAAUGAAAUCUGAAUCUUUCUAUUGCAAACAGGUUUGGUUUUAGUCUGCAUUAUUUUGUACCACUUUGGGAGCUUUUCCAGAGAAUUCAGAUGUUACAUCUUUGUUUGUUUUUUAGUAGAAAAAAGUUCUAUUUAGUUGACUUUUUCUGUAGGAAUCAACUUCUCAAGUAACAUCCUGGUCCUCAGAGCACAAAGUCAUCACUCAACACGUUUGAAACUGGAAAUGUGGGCUAGAAUGCAUUGGUUCAAUGCAGCACCUCCUGUACGGCUGCAGGGCGUGGUGACUGCAGGGCGUGGUGACUGCAGGGCGUGGCGGUUGCAGGGCGUGGCGGCUGCAAGGCGUGGCGGCUGCAGGGAAUGGCGGCUGCAGGGCAUGGCGGCUGCAGGGCGUGGCGGCUGCAGGGCGUGGCGGCUGCAAGGCGUGGCGGCUGCAGGGCGUGGCGGCUGCAAGGCGUGGCACCUGCAGGGCGUGGCGAUUGCAGGGCGUGGCGAUUGCAGGGCGUGGCGACUGCAGGGCGUGGCGAUUGCAGGGCGUGGCGAUUGCAGGGCGUGGCGGUUGCAGGGCGUGGCGGCUGCAGGGCAUGGCGGCUGCAGGGCGUGGCGGCUGCAAGGCGUGGCGGCUGCAGGGCGUGGCGGCUGCAGGGCGUGGCGAUUGCAGGGCGUGGCGGUUGCAGGGCGUGGCGGUUGCAGGGCGUGGCGGCUGCAGGGAGUGGCGAUUGCAGGGCGUGGCGGCUGCAAGGCGUGGCGGCUGCAGGGAAUGGCGGCUGCAGGGCAUGGCGGCUGCAGGGCGUGGCGGCUGCAGGGCGUGGCGAUUGCAGGGCGUGGCGGUUGCAGGGCGUGGCGGUUGCAGGGCGUGGCGGCUGCAGGGAGUGGCGAUUGCAGGGCGUGGCGGUUGCAGGGCGUGGCGGCUGCAAGGCGUGGCGGCUGCAGGGCAUGGCGGCUGCAGGGCAUGGCGGCUGCAGGGCGUGGCGGCUGCAGGGCGUGGCGGCUGCAAGGCGUGGCGGCUGCAGGGCGUGGCGGCUGCAAGGCGUGGCGGCUGCAGGGCGUGGCGGCUGCAAGGCGUGGCGGCUGCAGGGCGUGGCACCAGUGAAGGACAGAGUGAGGCUUUUGGCAGAAGUAGUGUAAGUGGAGAAAGCAAAGAGAUGAUGUCUGAGAGCCGUCAGGACCAAGAAAGUGCAGCGGAUGGAGAGACCAACUCUCUGGUGUCACAUUUGACCCGUCAAGCGCCAGCCGCCAGCGACAUGUGGGUCGUGGCGUGGAGGCGUGUUGUGUGUAACCAGGUCCUGGUUCUGCCCUCACAGGCGCUGUGGAGCGGUGCAGCUGCUGCGUGGACUCCCGUCUAGAGCAGCUAUGUCUCCUUUUCCGUUUGUCAGAACUGGAACUUUCACACAUUGAGACUUUGAUUUCAAACCUGUUGGCUGUUUCUAAAGCCUCCACUGUUGCAACACAGCUGCUCCGGCGGCGUGUGAUGCGGCCCGAACUGGACGCACCGUUAUCCCAGCUAGCAAUGUGAAGUCUUGGAUUUGCAGGGAGGGGGACCUUAAGGUGCAGCUUCCGGUGGGUUGGGCUCGGGGCGAGAGCGGCCAUCGCUCAACUCAAAGGUGGAGAAGCUUGUAACUGAAGAGGGGGGGGCGGCGUGGACGGCGUGAAGCUACCGCCGCAGUUUGAUCUCUCAGUUUUCCGUUUCUCCGCUGCCUUUAGAUUCAUCUCUUCCAUUCUUCACCGUUUCUUUCCGUUUGCAGAGAUCCUAGGCUUCUUUCUUUAAUUCAAAUUAACCCUUUGAGGGCAGAAAGUGCUCAGAAAUGAGCAUGGCAGGCUUUAUUGCCCCAUCCUGUUCUGUUUUCUGACCUUUUGCACCUUUCCCGACUAAUGCCUCUCCUCCCUCCAAAAAAAUGAAAUAAAGAGGAUAAAAAGAAGCUGUUUUGCUUUGGCGUCGCCGCGUGAGCCGAGCUGCUUUCUGACCUGUGAACAUCAGACAUGAAUGCUUAUCUAAUGGAGUUGCUUUAAAUGUAUUGCUAAUCCAUGUAAAUUGACAAAUAAAACAGUAUUUUAAGGAA